AUUGGACGUAUCUAAUAUACAAGCGAAACCGAACCGAAUUACAUUAAAGAAAGUCUCUAUUCGCCCGAUAUCAUCGCUGGUAGUGUCCUUUCUAAAAUGAUUGAGAUUGAAGACAGUCCUGUUGUAUCAAGAGCCGAUAUUAUUGUUCUUCUAACUGGACGUAGUCUAAUUUUAUCUCUCCCAAAGCCAGGAGAAGAUCCACAUCACAUCUCCGGUUUGGCUUUCGAAGGAACUGCUUGUAAUUCGUGGAACAAAUUUGCUAUCGCAGAACAUAGCAUCUUUACGGACUAUGCGGUUGAUACCUUUAUUCACGAAAUUGGACACUUAAUCAAUAUUGGUCACGAUUCGGAAGCUAAAAAUUGCUCACCCAAAUUGCUACCUGGAAAAAAUCAUUAUUCUUAUUGCGCUAAGAAAGGCGUAACAGAAUUUUUAGAUACACACUCGUGUUUUCUUGAUCACUGUGACAAUGGUGAGAAAUGAAAAGUGGAUAUCUCCAUAAAUCGACUACGUACAUCGAUUGACAAUACUGUAAUUGUUUCUAUAUUACAAUUAAACUGCAAGUAUAGUAACUCAAUGUCACGUAUAAACGUUCAAAAAGUUCUCAAUGUAACUAUUUUUAAUAUUUGUACUGUAGUAUUACUUAAAUUGAAUAAAAAUUAAUG